CUCUUCAGCACCGGUCUGGGGCGGUGAAAGAGCGAGUGAGGAGAGCGCGACGGCGACGGCGGCUGAGCCCUCGCUGGACGGCCGGGAGGAAAGCGAGGCCAGAGCCUCUGCGACUAGUAUAACAGAAUACCUAAGUGCUGAGGUGCUGAGGCGACUGGGAGCAGAGGAGUAAUCUGAGUGGUGUGGAAUUAAUCAGGGAAAGUUUCCUGAAAGAGGAUCAGAAUGGUUUCCAUCCCAGAAUACUAUGAAGGCAAGAAUGUCCUCCUCACUGGAGCUACUGGUUUCCUAGGGAAGGUACUUCUGGAAAAGUUGCUGAGGUCUUGUCCUAAGGUGAAUUCAGUGUAUGUUUUGGUGAGGCAGAAAGCUGGACAGACACCCCAGGAGCGAGUAGAAGAAGUCAUUAGUGGCAAGCUUUUUGACAGAUUGAGAGAUGAAAAUCCAGAUUUUAGGGAGAAAAUUAUAGCAAUCAACAGUGAACUCACCCAACCUAAACUGGCUCUUAGUGAAGAAGAUAAAGAGAUCAUCAUAGAUUCUACUAAUAUUAUAUUCCACUGUGCAGCUACAGUAAGAUUUAAUGAAAAUUUGAGAGAUGCUGUUCAGUUAAAUGUGAUUGCUACACGACAGCUUAUUCUGCUUGCACAACAGAUGAAGAAUCUGGAAGUGUUCAUGCAUGUAUCAACAGCAUAUGCCUACUGCAAUCGAAAGCAUAUUGAUGAAGUAGUCUAUCCACCCCCUGUGGAUCCCAAGAAGCUGAUUGAUUCUUUAGAGUGGAUGGAUGAUGGCUUAGUAAAUGAUAUCACACCCAAAUUGAUAGGAGACAGACCUAAUACAUACAUAUACACAAAAGCAUUGGCAGAAAAUGUUGUACAGCAAGAAGGAGCAAAGCUAAAUGUGGUGAUUGUAAGGCCAUCAAUUGUUGGUGCCAGUUGGAAAGAACCUUUUCCAGGAUGGAUUGAUAACUUUAAUGGACCAAGUGGUCUUUUUAUUGCGGCAGGGAAAGGAAUUCUUCGAACAAUGCGUGCCUCCAACAAUGCCCUUGCAGAUCUUGUUCCUGUAGAUGUAGUUGUCAACAUGAGUCUUGCGGCAGCCUGGUAUUCCGGAGUAAAUAGACCAAGAAACAUCAUGGUGUAUAACUGUACAACAGGAAGCACUAAUCCCUUCCACUGGGGUGAAGUUGAAUACCAUGUAAUUUCCACUUUCAAGAGGAAUCCUCUCGAACAGGCCUUCAGACGGCCCAAUGUAAAUCUAACCUCCAAUCACCUUUUAUAUUAUUACUGGAUUGCUGUAAGCCAUAAGGCCCCAGCAUUCCUGUAUGAUAUCUACCUCAGGAUGACUGGAAGAAGCCCAAGAGUGUCUUUGCAAGGAUCAGUGGUCGCCUUAGGGGAGUUGGACUGCUUACAUGACAACUGGAGGCUUCAAGGAAAAGUGCUUCAGCAGGCAAGGAUGAUGAAAACAAUAACUCGUCUUCACAAAGCUAUGGUGUUUCUUGAAUAUUUCACAAGUAAUUCUUGGGUUUGGAGUACCGACAAUGUUAAUAUGUUAAUGAAUCAACUAAACCCUGAAGAUAAAAAGACUUUCAAUAUUGAUGUACGGCAGUUACACUGGGCAGAAUAUAUAGAGAACUACUGUAUGGGAACUAAGAAAUAUGUACUGAAUGAAGAAAUGUCUGGUCUUCCUGCAGCUAGAAAACAUCUGAACAAGUUGAGAAACAUACGUUACGGUUUCAAUACUAUCCUUGUGAUCCUGAUUUGGCGCAUUUUUAUUGCAAGAUCACAAAUGGCAAGAAACAUCUGGUACUUUGUGGUUAGUCUAUGUUACAAGUUUCUGUCUUACUUCCGAGCAUCCAGCACUAUGAGAUACUGAAGACAAGAAUUUAGCAUUAGAACAUCUAUGCAUAUGGUGGUCUAAAUGCAUAAAAUGUAAAAUGUACUUAAGUCAUUUCACCUUUUGUCAAGACAUUAAACCAUCUUAGCUCAGAAUGUGGAGUAAAUUAUGGUACAUUUUAUGUAACAUUUUAAUGUAUGCUCAUAAAAGCCUAGUGAAUACACUGUGGUAUGCCAACUCAAAUCUGUAAUAGCCACCAAAACCAUGACUUAACAUUUUGAUCCCUGGGGGAAAAUGGUUGGGUAAGGGUAGGAGGGGGAGAUAGGAACACUGACCAGUAUAACUGUGCAAUUCUGGAACAUACUAAUUAAAAUAUGCCUUAACAUAGAGUGAUUUUCUAAUUAUAAUAUUUAGUGCAGUGGAAAGCAUUUAUUUGAAUGGGAAUACUAGCUAAGUUGGUAGAUAUUUGAUUCUACAGUGUUUGAUUUUUAUCAUCAGUUUAAGUGAUUUUUAGUUUUGUUAAAAUUACAGCCAAACUAUUUUCACAUCAUCCUGUAAGUUACUGAAUGGUCUCAAAUGUGAAAAACAUUUUCAUUUUCCUUCUUUCUCUGAUUUGAGGUCUGAUACAUAUCAUUUUCUAUAAGCAAUCAGUUAUUUUCAUAAUCAGAAGGCUAUAUAUUAUUAUAGAGACCCUACUGGAUCUAAAUGAGUUUGAGAAUCCAUAUCAGCAUAUGCCAUGUGUUUUUAGAAGGAAAAUGAAAAUUCACUAAACCUAUUAGUAUUAAGAAGAAUAGGAGUACAUUUUUCUUGACCACAUUAUGACCAAAUAAAAACCAAUUCUGUGACAUUUUGUUCAUGUUUUGAAGCUGGAUGAUUACUUAAGACUUUGACAAGCAGGUGUGGGUACAGGGAGGAAUUCAUCAUACUUGUGCUCUCCUCCCUUAAUAAAUUUUAUUAAUAGGACUUUAAAAGGCUUAUACUGUCCAAUUAAAACUGAAAGUACAUUACUAUGGAAGAAUGUAUUUGCAGGUAGUCAUAACAUUAAGAAAAUGUUUUCAUAUGUGUGUAAACACAUACUAACUUUUGACCUUGAGAGCUGAAUUCCUUCAAGAAAAAUAAUGCAUAAAAUAAUGUGUAUAAGAUUAAAUAAAGAACUUUAUUUACAUACCACAUAAAGUACCAAACUGUUGAAUGAGUUUUAAGAUAACUUUUAUUUUUUGUGCAUGUGGUUUUAGCUUUUAGAAAGAAAUGAGUUAUAGAAAUAAGUAAUAGCAAGAAAAUUGAUGUAUAUUUUAAUGAUACAUUAUAAUUCCCUUUAAAUCUUAAUAGUAGUUAAUUCUCCUUACUGUUGUAACACACAUUUGGUUUAACAGAUCAGCAUAACAUGUUCUAAUUUAGCUGAUCAAGUUGUACUAUAUUUAAAUCAUUAACAGUGUAUCUUGAAUAUGUUUAAUGAAGUCAGUUUACAAUACAAAAAGUUACAUAGAACUUUAAUCUUAAUUUUCUUCAUCAAUUCAGAUGCAAUGUAUAAGAAGUUUAUUUUAUUAUUGUGAAAAAAUUAAAUGUAAAGGAAAUCACCUUCUUCCAUGCAGGUGUAUAAUCUUGAAAAGGAAAAUGCUUCCAUGUUGAAGCCAGAUUUUCUGUAGUAAAACUUUUAAAACGUUAUUUUAAAAGAAAUAUGUAUCUAUAUAUAUAUAUAUAUAUAUAUAUAUAUAUAUAUUCUUUGCAGUGAUACUGAAGUCUCUGGUCUAGGACCAUACCUUUUAUAAGGUGUGAGAGACCAUGGCAGUGUCUAAGAAUGGAAUAAAUGAUGAUGCCUUUGAUUUAAAGUGGCCCACAUAAUUAACUGUAGAUGCUCUAUCCUUUUGAAUGCUCCAUCUCUCCAAUAUAUUUCUAUAAUGUGUUGAAAAUAAGCUAACAUUUGUAUGAUUUUUAUACAUCUGCCGAAUAUACUUAGAUGACUUAUCUUUGUAUCUUGCAAAAGAGUCAGGCACAACUGUAGCAGGCAUGUGAAGUACAUGGGAGGUGUGUAUCUUUGAACCCUGUCAUUAUUAUUGUAAUCUAACUCGAGGAAAUGAUAAUUGGGAGGGUGCUAAGGCCACUGCAUUAAUUUUGUGUGUUUAGAAUCCUUUUGUCAAAAGAAAGCUAAUGAAUAAAUUAAUAUGUCAUUCUGGAACUUAAAAGUUUUAAAAUUAGUAUAAAACAUACAUAGGUUGUUAAUCCUCGCCAACUUGACUUUGAGCUUAACGCAAACAUAAAGAUUUUAGAAAUCCUUUGUAUUGAUGUCAUUUGCUAGACCUGGUUUUUUAGUUCUUUCUGAUUAUAUUUUUACACACAGACUCAAAUUUUAACAGGAUAGCCAGUUGAAUAAAUCUAAUAAAUCAUUUAACUCAUUUGAUAAAGCUAUAUUUUAAACAUUGUUUUUUUCCCUCAUUCACUCUUGAUUCUUAUGAUUCUGGCAUAUGCAUUUGUCACUUGUGAAGUCAUUGUAACUAUAAGUAAACUUGACUUGGCAACAUUAAUAUGUUUAAUAACUCAUUACCGAGAAGCAUGGCAGUACAUUCUUUGACUUGGGGAUGGCAUAAAAUAAACAUUUUCUGAAUCUGUGUAAUAAAGUUUGGAAGCAGGAAGGGAAAAUCUUAUUUCGCUUCCUUUUCUAUGCUUGUCUGUAGGGACUGGUUCAGGGUUUUUUGCUUUUUUGUUUUAAAUGUAAAUCGAUAGUCUUUUAUAAGAAAUAGAAGCAUUAUUGGGUGCCUUUGUUUGUAAACCAAAAAGUAAUAAAUGAAUCCCUAUAUUUCCAUUA